AACAGUGCCCUCGCCGCGCCUUCCUCCUCCUUCUGCUGCUGCCGCUACCGCUGCCGCCGCUGCCGGAACGUUCGGCCUGGGGCGGCAGGGGCCGGGCCCGCGCGCGCUUCGCUCUCCAACUCGCGGUGGGCGACUGGAUUCGCUCCCCGACCCUCCCAGGAGGGCUCUCCUCGGCUUUCGCUUGGUCUGGCGGACCCUGGGCUCCUUCCAAACAGCCCUUGACUGAGUCCCCUCCAGUCAGGGACCCUCCCCUGUCUAUUAAGGAAGAGUGGAAACCUGCCGCUGUGUCUCCCUAAAAGGGUCAUCUCCUCACACCCACCCAGACGGCGGGGGGCGGAGGGGCUCCACGAUCCGGUUCUGCCCGAUUUCUCAACUCCAGAACCUUCUGACCUCCGUUAGUUGUUCCUCGCCCCUGCCUCGUGCCCCGUCCACCCUGAGUGAGAGGCAGCUCCAACCCCAUACAGGCCGGGCCUGGCUCGCUGCCCUCGGGUCCCUUCCAGACCGCCCCACCUCUUUUCACGCCCCGGACCCUCUGUCCUCUUUCCCUCGGUCCCCUUGUCACCUUUUGGAGCCUUCGCCUAACCAGGAUCCAGUGGGUACCUCCUACCCCAGGAUGUGAGCCCCUGUAACCUGUAAUGCUGUGGCUGGCCCUUGGCCCCUUCCGUGCCAUGGAGAACCAGGUGCUGGUGAUUCGUAUCAAGAUUCCAAAUAGUGGCGCGGUGGACUGGACAGUGCACUCGGGGCCGCAGUUACUCUUCAGGGAUGUGCUGGAUGUGAUAGGCCAGGUUCUGCCUGAAGCAACAACCACAGCAUUUGAAUAUGAGGACGAAGAUGGCGAUCGGAUUACGGUGAGAAGUGAUGAAGAAAUGGAGGCAAUGCUGUCAUAUUAUUAUUCCACAGUAAUGGAACAGCAAGUAAAUGGACAGUUAAUAGAGCCUCUGCAGAUAUUUCCAAGAGCCUGCAAGCCUCCUGGGGAACGGAACAUACAUGGCCUGAAGGUGAACACCCGGGCUGGACCCUCUCAGCACGGCAGCCCUGCUGUCUCAGAUUCCCUUCCAAGCAAUAGCUUAAAGAAGUCUUCUGCUGAACUGAAAAAAAUAUUAGCCAACGGCCAGAUGAAUGAACAAGACAUACGGUAUCGAGACACUCUUGGUCAUGGCAACGGAGGCACAGUCUACAAAGCAUAUCAUGUCCCAAGUGGGAAAAUAUUAGCUGUAAAGGUCAUACUGCUAGAUAUUACACUGGAACUUCAGAAGCAAAUUAUGUCUGAAUUGGAAAUUCUUUAUAAGUGUGAUUCAUCAUAUAUCAUAGGGUUUUAUGGUGCAUUUUUCGUAGAAAACAGGAUUUCAAUAUGUACAGAAUUCAUGGAUGGGAGCACCCACAGCCAAAGCAUAAAGUUUAGUCACACUGUGGUUUUCCAGCUUCUUGUUGUUAAAGGCCUUACCUAUUUGUGGAGUUUAAAGAUUUUACAUAGAGAUGUGAAGCCCUCCAAUAUGCUAGUAAACACGAGAGGACAGGUGAAGCUGUGUGAUUUUGGAGUUAGCACUCAGCUGGUGAAUUCUAUAGCCAAGACGUAUGUCGGAACAAAUGCUUAUAUGGCGCCUGAAAGAAUUUCCGGGGAGCAGUAUGGCAUCCAUUCUGAUGUCUGGAGUUUAGGAAUCUCUUUCAUGGAGCUUGCUCUUGGGAGGUUUCCAUAUCCCCAGAUUCAGAAAAACCAGGGAUCUUUAAUGCCUCUCCAGCUUCUGCAGUGCAUUGUUGAUGAGGAUUCGCCCGUCCUUCCAGUUGGAGAGUUCUCCGAGCCAUUUGUACAUUUCAUCACUCAGUGCAUGAGAAAACAGCCAAAAGAGAGACCAGCACCUGAGGACUUGAUGGGCCACCCGUUCAUCAUGCAGUUCAAUGAUGGGAACACCGCCGUCGUGUCCAUGUGGGUGUGCAGGGCGCUGGAAGAGAGGCGGAGUCAGCAGGGGCCCCCGUGACGCCACAGAGGGGCGCUGAAAGCCCAGGACUGGUCACCAAGGGGACAGCCAACCUGUUGCGCCCCCUUUCUGUUUGCUGUCUGCACCAGAAGAGCUUUGCCAGGCCCAGCUUCACAGCUGUCACCUUGGGCUUUGCCGGCAAUGGCCUAGCAUAGGGAGCCCUCAAGAGUGGCCAGCCCUUGCCCUCCCCUGGUCUGGAGGCUCUGACUGGGAGUGGACAAAGGGAUGGGGGCGUCGAGAAUGGAGGCUCCUAUGCCCCUGCCCCUCUUUUUCCUAACAUUUUUCUUUGUAAAGGGUCAGGCCCUGUCAGCAUCACAGAUGGGAAUAAAGGUAUUACUGCUUUGUGAUUGCC